UCUUCCUCUCUCUGUUCGCUCAUUCUUCUCACUUAAUCGCGACUCGAGAUUCUCUAGCAAUGGCUGGAAGGGGGAAAUCUAUCGGCUUGUCACAAUCCAAGAAGUCAUCUUCGAGGAGCAGCAAGGCCGGCCUUCAAUUCCCCGUCGGUCGUAUCUCUCGUUUCCUUAAGACCGGUCGUUACGCAGAGCGCGUCGGAGGUGGCGCUCCGGUUUACCUCGCCGCAGUUCUCGAGUACCUCUCUGCAGAGAUUCUUGAGCUGGCCGGAAAUGCAGCCAGAGACAACAAGAAGAGCCGGAUCGUGCCACGCCACAUCCAGCUCGCCGUUAGGAAUGACGAGGAGCUCACGAGGCUUCUUGGACGCGCCACCAUUGCCAAUAGUGGAGUCAUGCCCAAUAUUCACAGUAUGCUUCUUCCCAAAAGGACGUCUUUCAUGAGUUCCAAGAACGCCGACGAUAGCUGAGCUCGCCGGCGGAAAUUACCAUAAUUCUUUUGACGUGCUCUCUCUGAUUUGGUGUCGCGUUGUGUUCUCGUGGAAUAGUAGAUUUGUGGUUAUGAUUAGUGUUUGAAUUAGGGUUUCCUUGUUUGCUAAUUGAAAAUCUGUUUGAUGUGAAUAUAUUCCAAGCUGAGCUUGGCGUUGAA